AUGGCUGUGGCACAGUUGUCACACUUGACAGGCUGGGGCAAGGGAUAUGGGCCCCCCUUCGGCUACUUUGGCCCUUGGGACGGCGGCAAGGGCAUGAUGAUGGGGGCCUAUGGUGGGAUGAUGAUGCCACCUAUGUUUGGUCUCAAGGGCAAGGGCAAGGGCAAAGGCAAAAGUCCCCUGAAGGUCGACCCGGCAAAGAAGGUGUGGAUUGGCAACAUUCCCGAGGGUGUGCAAUGGAAAGAGCUGCAGACUUUGGUGGACUCGGUGGUCAAGAGCAAAUGGGUGGAGAUCUUCCGCGGGAAGGGCAAGGGCACAGCCGCUGUCGUGUACGCAACACCUGAGGAGGCUGCACAGGCUGUCUCUGGACUCAACGGCCAAAGUCUGGGCGGCCAGUCCAUUGUGGUGGAUGCCUGGGAGAAAGGCACGAAGUGA